AACGCUUUUUUGAAGGCCCUUUGACCGACCGGAAGUACAUCUUCUGUUUACUCUUUGUAGUCAGUGAGCUGUAGCCAGUAACGUUAGCUUGUUUUCGCCGAGAGUCGCAUCUCUUUAAAUCACAGUUCGUAAAAGAUGGGACGCAGAAAGUCGAAGAGAAAACCCCCUCCCAAGAAAAAGAUGACGGGAAACCUGGACACCCAGUUCACCUGCCCCUUCUGUAACCACGAGAAGUCAUGUGACGUUAAGAUGGAGCGAAGUCGAAAUACGGGGAUAAUAUCCUGUACUGUGUGUCUAGAGGAAUUCCAGACACCAAUAACCUAUCUCUCAGAGCCGGUGGACGUGUACAGUGAUUGGAUAGACGCUUGUGAAGCAGCCAAUCAGUAGUUUUGCAGGGUCAAAGGUGACCAAAUACUCUGAAAGAUUUGUGUUUGUUUUUACCUUCUGUAUUGAUUCACUGUUCAAUCUUGUAUUGAAGCUGAAAUAAUCAUCUAAUAAAGCCACAGGAGGAGGUUCAGGCAACACUGAGAUGAUGAUGAUGAUUAAAAUCCAGCCUUUUUCCUUUUUGUUAAUUGUUACAAAAAUUCUGAAAGAAGUGAAACAGAUGUAAUUUUCAAAAUAGCUGUUUUUAGAUUGUCUUGUGCAUUUUACGAUUUAGGUUUUUAUAAGACCAUGUAGUAUCAUUUAAAUAAUUAGCAUAUUCUCUCGUGGAAAACCUCGGUCCACUUCUGUUGUGGAAUCGGUUCAAAUGUAUUGUUACAAACAUUUCCGUUUCAUGAAAAUAAAGAGAAAUAAUUUGAAAA